GGAAAGUCCCACAGGACCUGAUGUCAGUGAGAACUCAAACAUAGAUGAGACUCUGAUUGCAAGAAUGAGAUAAACACAGAUGAAAAGAUGGACCCAGACAUUGAUGCUAAGGAGGACAUUGACACUGAACGGGAGUCUCUUGGCUGUAAAUUGAGGGUUUCUACAGCGGACGACCUCGAUGAGAUGAUGGACAUUGGGACAGUGGAUCAGGUGGAACAGGAAGCUCAGAUGAAAGAGGAGGAGGAGCAGAAUAGUUUGAUGGAAGAGGACAGCAGCCCGUCACCUGUCAUUUCAAAUACAGCCUCAGAGGCAGAGCACAGUAACUCUGUUAAGGAGGAAACUGAUGUGAAACCCACUGUGUCACCACCACCCGCAGAGGAGGACGUCAAAGUGGCUGUAGAGUCGAUGCAGUCCAGCUCAUCUCCAUCGUCUGAAGCCACGACUAGUGCAGGAAGGAACAGCUCAUCUCCUGCCACCAUGAUGAACGGGUUGAAAGUAGUUAAGCUAUCGGACAAUAAAAGUUUACAUUCUGCCAAUCAGCCUGUCAAGUCAUCUCCUUCACCACCUUUGGUCAAGGUGAAGGAUGAACCUGUAGACGAAGAGUACGAGCAUGCUCUAAUAUCCUCGACAUCUACAGCUAGCGUGAAAGAUGAGCCCAACACUGCAAAGGAGGACUUAAGGAUCGGCUCGGUCUUCUCUGUGACCCCAGCUGCUGAAACACUGCCCGUCGUCAGCCCCUCGGCGUUGCACAUGUCCUGUUCCAAUUGCAAGAAGAGCCUGAUGAAAGGACAGACAGCGUUCCAGAAAGGCUCCCCAGCACUCUUCUGCUCCACUGCCUGCCUCACCACAUCUCUCACUACAGUCAAAGGAGUCACAAAGACCUGCCACAACUGCCAAAAGUUGAUAUUCCGGCCUCAGGACGUCAUUCUGGCUCCAGAUGCUAAAGGAGCCAUGAAGGAAUUCUGCAGCCAGACCUGCCUGACCUCUUUCAACUACAAGAAAAACAUCUGUCAAAAAACCACCGCAACCAAUAGCACCACAGUCACUCUGCAGCAUGUAGCAAACAUGAGUGGUCCUGAGCGGUGCUGUCCACAGAUCUGCAGUGACGCCUGCUUUAACCGUUUCCGCACAGUGAACAACCUGUCCUUGGCCGGCUGCGUGAACUGCGGCUCCUACUGCCACAGCAAACCGCUCAUGCUGAAGGUGGAAGACGGCAACAAAACUCUGUGCAAUGCAGAGUGUCUGGCCAAGUACAAAGAGAAAACCAAGACAACCGUGCCUUGUCUGAUGUGUCGCACUACCCGGUUGCUGGCAGAAAUGGUUGAAAUCAAAAACAGCGAUGAUUCUGUGAACCUCUUCUGUAGCAGCAGUUGUGUGAUGGCAUUCAAGGUCCAGACUGUCAGUGCGUCAGGUACACGUUUGAAUUGUGAUAAUUGUGGGAAAAACACCGUACCGGCCUACCACCUGGCCAUGUCUGAUACCUCCAUCAGGAACUUCUGCACUCUACCUUGUGUCAUGGCUUUUCAGGACAAGUUCAAGAAGUCCCAGAAACAGGUGAACGUUUUUACCAAGUUGCCAGCUGGAUCUGAGGUUCAGGCUGUUACUCCUACCCAACCUCAGCAAGACGCACCCAAAGGACCCCAGAAACUAAACUGCUCCCAGUGUGCCCGCAGCAUAACUUUUAAACCCGAGCUCAUCCAGAUCAAGGACAAGGUUGUUUUCGUGUGUAACAUGGACUGUGCCCAGGAGUUCAAGAAAGCCAACUUUGUGACAAGCCUGUGUGAAUACUGUAAGAUUGAAAAGAUCACCAGAGACGCCAAGAGAAUCAACAACAAAGACUGUUUCUUCUGCAGCGACGGCUGUAAGCUCCUCUUUCGACAUGACCUGACUAAAAACUGGGGGAGACACUGUCACUCCUGCGUCUACUGCCAUUGUGUGUAGAAGCUGGUGACAGCACAGUAUGGAGGCUCGACUGAGGAGUUCUGCUCUGAGGAGUGCAGGUCCAAAUACACCAUGCUCUUCUGCCAUGUUGCAAAGUGUGACACCUGCGGCCGCAAAGGGAAACUGAAGCAGAGUCUUCCCAUGCUGGGAGAGGUCAAACACUUCUGUGACCUGCUUUGUCUGCUUCAGUUCUGCUGCGAUAAAGUGGCUUCGCAGGGCGAGGUUCUCAGAGAAACAGGGGAGCCCACACCUGUCAUCGCCAAUGUCAUCUCGCUUGCAGGCACUCCAACAGGGAAAUCCAAUGCUUCUGACAUAUCUGCCCAGCAAAGCACAGUCUCUGUCUUUCAAUCAAAGAAGACUGGACAUAUCAGUAUUCAGACAGAUCCAGUGAAAACUUAUCCUCCUCCUGGCCCCAAAAUCCUGAAGAACAAGGCUCUGCUCUGUAGACCGCUGGUGCAGAACAAAGGGGUCUCCUGUAAAACACAGACAGCCGAUGUUGAAGCACAGACAGAUGAUGCUUUCCCUAAAAUCAUGGUUGUGCCUAUCCCAGUGCCGGUAUAUGUUCCUGUACCCAUGAACAUGUACAGCCAGUGUACACCCAGACCUGUGGGCCUGCCAGUACCGCUGCCUGUGCCCAUGUUCCUUCCUGUGACAAUGGACAGCGCUGAACGCAUCGUAGAAACCAUCCAGGAGAUCAAAGAGAAGAUACCGUCUGACCCCUUCGAGGCGGAGCUCAUCCUCAUGGCUGAGAUGGUUGCAGAAGAAGAGGAGAAGAAUGACAAACAGAAGAGAACAAAGGAGAAAGUGGUGGAGAAAGAGAGACAAGAAGCACCUGCAACAUUUGACCACGCCAGUAACUACAGUGACGACUUGGACACGGACGACUUGGCCAGUUUCCUCAACAACUGGGAGGAAGCAUCUUCCGACACAGGUCUCAGGUCUCCCAGUCAACCGUUCGCCCCUGAGAAGCUCAACCCGAUUCUAGACAUUCCUGUGGGCAUGUCCAGUGAGCCUUACGCCGAGCCCCCACCUCUAGCACCCCCUGCCAUGGACAUCGAAGCUGACUUCACUGUUGAAACUCUGGAGAAUAUGGCUCGGCUCAGAGAGCAUUCCCAGAGAUCCCGAGCCCUCCGCCUGCUGUUCCACGACGACGACAAGCUCACAGGAAAGCCAGAGAAAAGAAGGGUCGUAAGUCACAACGAACAUCUAAGGCAGCUGAAGCGUCGUCUCAAAGAGCUCCUUUCAACAAGGUUGCCUUUAGACGUGCCAAAACUGAAGAGUCAGUACGGCGUUGAUGCCUGGAAGCGAUGGAUCCAGUGGAGGCAAACUCAACCCAACCUGGAGAAACCACGCUUUGGUUCCCGUCCCAUGGAGUUGAAGGAGGACGUUCUUCGCUCUACUACUGCUGAGCUGAGCUAUGGCCUCUGUUGCUUUAUCACUGAGGUGAAACGACCGAAUGGAGAGCCCUACUCCCCCGACAGCCUGUUCUACCUCUGCCUCGGCAUUCAACAGUACCUGUUUGAGAACGGUCGUGUGGAGAACAUAUUCAUGGAUCGGUUCUACAACAAGUUCUCCACUGAGUUCACUAAUAUGCUGAGAGUUUUCAAGCCCUCAGUCACAUCAAGUGGUUAUAUCCAUUCAAGGGUGGAGGAGGAGUUCCUGUGGGACUGUAAACAGUUGGGAGCGUACUCUCAUGUCCUCCUCAACACUCUGCUCUUCUUCUGUUGCAAGUACUUUGGCUUCACCACGGUGGAGCAGCACCGCCAGCUGUCCUUCGCCCAUGUCAUGCGCUGCACCAAAACCAACCAGAACAACACCAAGACCACCUUCCUGCGCUUCUACCCCCCGAUAUCCAUAAAUGAGGCAGAGCCAGAUCCAGAGGUUCCGGCAAAGAAGCGUAAGGAGGAGGAGAGUAAAGACGAUGUUCUGGAGAUGAUGGAGAACACAGAGAACCCUCUCCGCUGUCCAGUCAGACUGUACGAGUUCUACCUCUCCAAGUGCUCGGAGUCGGUCAAGCAGCGCACCAACCUGUUCUACCUUCACCCCGAGCGCUGCUGCGUCCCCAACAGCCCCUUGUGGUUCUCCUCCACCCCUCUGGAUGAUAGCACCAUGGAAGCCAUGCUCAUCCGCAUCCUCACCGUCAGAGAGCUGCAUCUAAAGACGAGGAAAGACGGAGGGACGGCGAAGCAGACUUCCAGUGACCCGCCAUUUAUACCUGACGAGGAGGACAAUGGGGAUUCAGAGUGAUGAAAUGAGCUUUAUUGGUGCAACAUCAGCUUGUGGUGUAAAUGUUUGUAAAUAAACUGAAAUGUUCAUUCAAAACAUAGCCCAAUAAACAUCAAUGGACGGAAUAAAUCUCACAUACAUAAA